AUGUUCGGGCGCAACCAACCAUACUGGAAGACCCUCCCCGGGCCGCGGCUGCUCAAGCUGAUCAUCGCCGUGUCCGCUCUGGCCAUUGCCUACGAGGGCAUGAGUCAGGGUGUCAUGGGUGCUGUCAACGUGGCUCCUGAGUAUGGUCAACGCAUGGGCUUCGCCGACGAGCACGGCAACGUCAUCAAACCCUCCCUUCAAGGCGGCAUCGUCGCGACCUACUACGCGGGUUCACUCCUCGGCGCCUUUUGGGCGGGGCACUUUUCCGAUAAACACGGUCGAAUCAAAGGCAUCCACCUAGCCAUAGCCUGGUGCGCCCUCGGCGUCCUCCUCCAAUCAACAGCCAUCAACCUCGCGCACAUGCUCAUCGCGCGCCUUUGCGCCGGCUGCGGCGUCGCCUUCAUCAUCGUCAUCGCCCCCGCCUGGACCGCCGAGCUCUCCCCCGCGGCCCACCGGGGCAAGAACAUCGCGUUGACAUUCUUGGCUAAUUUCGGGGGGAUUAGUUUAUCGUCUUGGGUUGGGUUGGGCACGAGUUUUACCGAGUUGGGGGAUGGGGCGUUCAGGUGGCGGUUUUGUUUUGCGUCGCAGGCGGUGCCGUUGGUGUUGUUGUUUGUGGGGUCGUUGAUGAUUCCCGAGUCGCCGCGGUGGUUGGUUAAAGUCGGUCGGUGCGCCGAAGCGCUCGAGAUUUUGGCGAAGAUUCGUGGCGGGGAUGACCCGGAGCAUCCGGAUGUGAGGAGGGAGUACAGGGAGAUUGUGACGGUGGUGGGGAUGGAGAAGGAAGCGGAGGGGGGGAGUGCGAGUUAUGUGCGGAUGUUUUUGGGCACGGCCGGGUCGGGGGAUAUUCAUAUUGGGAGGAGGAUUCAGUUGGCGUUUUGGUUGCAGGUGUUGAUGCAAUAUGGUACGGGGAUUGCGGCGGUGGUGAUUUAUUCGGGGACCAUCUUUCGCACGGCGGGGUUUGAUGACCUUAAGGCGAACUGGCUGUCGGCGUUGAUGAAUAUGGUUGGGAUUGUGGGGACGGCUAUUGCGGCGUUUACGAUUGACCGUGUUGGUCGACGGCGAACGCUGUACUGGGGCGCUGUGGCGUUGAGUGCGGUGUUGUUUGCCAUUGGGGGACUCAACCGUGGCGCGUUGGACCAUCCCGACCAAAAGGAACAGUUUGGCACGGCGGCGGCGGCCAUGGUGUUUGUGUAUGUGCUGUUGUUCAGCUCGUCGUGGCUGCUGAUCCCGUUUAUCUACCCGACCGAGAUCUUCCCGACGUGGCUGCGAGCGAAGGGGAAUGCCUUUGGGGUGGCCGGGUGGGCGAUUGGGUUUGGAGGGGGGUCGUUGCUGGUGCCGAUUAUGUUUGCGGGGAUUGGCGAGAAGACGUUUUAUGUCUUUGGCGCGGCCAUGUUUGCGUAUAUCCCGGUGGUGUAUUGUUUCUUUCCGGAGACGGCGGGGCGGACUUUGGAGGCGAUUGACUUUCUGUUUGCCAGUGAGAGUCCGUUUACGUGGGAGGAGGAGAAGGAGUUUGCGAAGAGGGUGGCCGAGUUGGACAGUCGGGUGGAGGGGGAGAAAGGCAGGGAGUCUUGCGAGAGGAGCGUGGUGGAGGUGGAUGUAGUAUAA